AAAUGUCUGACGGGAGGAUGGGAUCUCACGACACAAUGGUGGUAAAUGUCUGUACGGGGAGGAUGGGACCUCACGACACAAUGGUGGUAAAUGUCUGUACGGGGAGGAUGGGAUCUCACGACACAAUGGUGGUAAAUGUCUGUACGGGGAGGAUGGGACUCACGACACAAUGGUGGUAAAUGUCUGUACGGGGAGGAUGGGACCUCACGACACAAUGGUGGUAAAUGUUUGUACGGGGAGGAUGGGACCUCACGACACAAUGGUGGUAAAUGUCUGUACGGGGAGGAUGGGAUCUCACGACACAAUGGUGGUAAAUGUCUGUACGGGGAGGAUGGGAUCUCACGACACAAUGGUGGUAAAUGUCUGUACGGGGAGGAUGGGACCUCACGACACAAUGGUGGUAAAUGUGUGUACGGGGAGGAUGGGACCUCACGACACAAUGGUGGUAAAUGUUUGUACGGGGAGGAUGGGAUCUCACGACACAAUGGUGGUAAAUGUCUGUACGGGGAGGAUGGGACCUCACGACACAAUGGUGGUAAAUGUCUGUAUGGGAGGAUGGGACCUCACGACACAAUGGUGGUAAAUGUCAGUACGGGGAGGACAGGACCUCACGACACAAUGGUGGUAAAUGUCUGUACGGGGAGGACGGGACCUCACGACACAAUGGUGGUAAAUGUCUGUACGGGGAGGAUGGGACUUCACGACACAAUGGUGGUAAAUGUCUGUACGGGGAGGAUGGGACUUCACGACACAAUGGUGGUAAAUGUCUGUACGGGGAGGAUGGGACCUCACGACACAAUGGUGGUAAAUGUCUGUACGGGGAGGACGGGACUUCACGACACAAUGGUGGUAAAUGUCUGUACGGGGAGGAUGGGACCUCACGACACAAUGGUGGUAAAUGUCUGUACGGGGAGGAUGGGACCUCACGACACAAUGGUGGUAAAUGUCUGUACGGGGAGGAUGGGACCUCACGACACAAUGGUGGUAAAUGUCUGUACGGGGAGGAUGGGACUUCACGACACAAUGGUGGUAAAUGUCUGUAUUUUAUAUCAAGUGCUUUCUUUUUGGUGUAUACUGAAUCAGUUACUGUUUGACUGUACUGAAUGUUUUGGGAGCAUAAUAAAAGCUGGAAAAUUAUACUUGACAUUUUGAGAACAUAAGAAUAGGUGAGAAUUAUUUUCUUAAUAUUGGGGGAAGACAUGAGA